AUGAAGAGACCUCACGACUACAGCUCCCCAGACUCGGACACAGACGAGUUUAUUGACGUGGGACAAGAAGACGGCUAUUGCCCAGUCACGGGGUCCAUGUCUCCUGGCAGCGCCUCACAGAUUCUGGCCCGAAAGAAGAGAAGAGGGAUCAUAGAGAAGAGGCGCAGAGACCGGAUCAACCACAGCCUGUCUGAGCUCAGGAGGCUGGUGCCCAGUGCUUUUGAAAAACAGGGCUCAUCGAAGCUGGAAAAGGCAGAGAUCCUGCAGAUGACUGUGGACCACCUCAAACUCCUACAUGCCAUGGGAGGGAAAGGUUACUUUGAUGCAAGGGACCUGGCAGUCGACUACAGGACCUUGGGCUUUAGGGAGUGCGUUGGAGAGGUGGUGCGGUACCUCAGCUCUCUUGACGGGGAGUCCCCGGACCCUAUAGGAACCCGCCUGAUCUCCCACCUUUCUCACUGUGCAAGCGAGCUAGACCCCCUUCUCCUACAGUCGGCCCCCGCCUCCGCCCUGCCCUUUCCUCCAUGGCCUUGGGCAUCCUUCCCUCAGAUCUCCCCCACCUCACCGGCCUCCUCCUCACCUCCUUUCCCCAGUGGGCAAAGGGAUCUGGCCCUACUGGGGAGCUACCCGUCACACGCCUCCCUCCGCCUCGGCCCCCUGGCUGGCUGCCAGCAGGGUGUUCCACCACUCCUUGCGCCUACAGCCCUGGCCAUCAUCCACAGGUUGCCCUCCCUGGCAGCGUCCCCGGUCCUAGCCUCCUCCAGACCAACCCAGUCGUCUCCUCACAGCGCCACCAGGGCCUCGCCCCUUCACCUCCACACCCCUUCCUCUUCCUCUCCUUCUACCUCUUUCUCUUCUUCUAUUUCAUCAUCUUCCGGCCCACUGCAGGUCUCUUUCAGGCCCUUUGCACCUCUGGGGUCUCCCAAAGCUCAGCGCAGGGGCUUGAGCGUACAAGCCAAGUCAGCCCAGGGAUGGGGGACUGAGAUCGGAGCUUUCUGAGAGUCAACUCUGGUUUUGUUUUCCAAAUGAACUCUAUCCAGUGAACAUGGAGCUCCCAUGUGCGCCAUGUCGCAAAUAUGAAACUGUUGUUGAAAGACGUAUUGA